CCCGGAAGUAAUCGCCAAGUAAACUUCAGUAAGCGCACACCGCGUUUCAAUUGUUGAGCGAAUGUCCCUUUUUGUGGCGUUGCACCGCUUUUCUCGAGUAGAAGAUGUCAAGCAAACGAAAAAGUGAUGUUGCAGUUCCCGCCGAGGAAAGCGACCAACUUCUUAUUCGGCCACUCGGAGCUGGCCAAGAGGUGGGACGGUCCUGUAUCAUCUUGGAGUUUAAAGGGCGCAAAAUCAUGCUGGACUGCGGCAUCCAUCCAGGCCUGGAGGGCAUGGACGCGCUGCCGUACAUCGACCUCAUCGACCCGGCCGAGAUCGACCUGCUUCUCAUCAGCCACUUCCAUCUGGACCACUGCGGUGCUCUGCCCUGGUUCCUGCAGAAGACCAGCUUCAAGGGCCGCACCUUCAUGACGCACGCCACCAAGGCCAUCUACCGUUGGCUGCUGUCCGAUUACGUCAAAGUCAGCAACAUCUCGGCCGACGACAUGCUGUACACGGAGACGGACUUAGAGGAGAGCAUGGAGAAAAUCGAGACCAUCAACUUCCACGAGGUCCGGGAAGUGGCGGGAAUCAAGUUCUGGUGCUACCACGCCGGACACGUUCUCGGCGCCGCCAUGUUUAUGAUCGAGAUCGCCGGCGUCAAGCUGUUGUACACAGGAGACUUCUCGCGUCAGGAGGACAGACACUUGAUGGCGGCGGAGAUCCCCAGCGUCAAACCGGACAUCCUCAUCACGGAGUCCACGUACGGGACGCACAUCCACGAGAAGCGCGAAGAGCGCGAGGCGCGUUUCUGCAACACGGUCCACGACAUUGUCAACCGAGAGGGACGCUGCUUGAUUCCCGUCUUUGCGCUCGGACGAGCGCAGGAGCUUCUGCUCAUCCUGGACGAGUACUGGCAGAACCACCCGGAGCUGCACGACAUUCCCAUCUACUACGCGUCGUCGCUGGCCCGCAAGUGCAUGGCCGUCUACCAGACGUAUAUCAACGCCAUGAACGAUAAGAUCCGCAAGGCCAUCAACGUCAACAACCCUUUCGUCUUCAAGCACAUCAGCAACCUCAAGAGCAUGGACCACUUUGACGACAUCGGGCCGAGCGUGGUGAUGGCGUCCCCGGGCAUGAUGCAGAGCGGUUUGUCUCGAGAACUCUUUGAGAGCUGGUGCACCGACAAGAGGAACGGCGUCAUCAUCGCCGGCUACUGCGUCGAGGGCACGCUCGCCAAGCACAUCAUGACGGAGCCGGAAGAGAUCAGCACCAUGUCGGGACAAAAGCUCCCGCUGAAGAUGUCGGUGGACUAUAUCUCCUUCUCGGCUCACACCGACUACCAGCAAACCAGCGAGUUCAUCCGAGCGCUCAAACCGCCGCACGUGAUCCUGGUCCACGGCGAGCAGAACGAGAUGGCCCGGCUGAAGGCGGCGCUCAUCCGCGAGUACGAGGACAACGACCAGGUCCACAUCGAAGUCCACAACCCCAGAAACACGGAGGCCGUCACGCUCAACUUCCGCGGAGAGAAACUAGCCAAGGUGAUGGGCUUGCUGGCCGACAAGGCCUGCACUCAAGGUCAGAGGGUGUCGGGCAUCCUGGUCAAAAAAAACUUCAACUAUCACAUCCUCACGCCCGCCGAUCUCUCAGAGUACACGGAUCUGAACGUGGGCACAGUCACGCAGACGCAGGCCAUCCCGUACACGGGACCCAUCUCGCUGCUGGUCUCGCAACUUCGAUGCCUCACCGGCGACGUGGAGCAGGUGGAGCCCGCGGACAAGAUCACCGUACGGAUCUUCAAGAACAUCACGCUGGUCCACGAGGCCGGCAUGGUUCUCCUGGAGUGGCUGGCCAACCCGCUCAACGACAUGUACGCCGACGUGGUGACCACCGUAGUUCUGGAGGUCCAGUCCAACCCCAACGCUCAGAAGAUACUGGAGGCUCGGCGGGAAACUUUUGAUCAGGAAGUCUUCGUUGAAAGAUUGGAACUCAUGCUGCAUGACAUGUUCGGGGAGGACUGCGUCCAUUUCAAAGAUGGCGACAAAGUGACGGUCAGCGUGGACGGCGCUGUGGCUCACGUGGACCCCGAGACCCGGGAGGUGACUUGCGCCGAGGACGAGUCUCUGAAGGACAUGCUGGAAGUCGCCGUCCAUCGGCUUUACGAUGCCCUCUGUCCCGUCGCCUGAGAGGGGCAGUGCGUCGUGUCGUCAAGUUUGUUUGCUGACACGUGUCUUUUUUAAAUUUUUGCUUUUGUAAAAUAAAUGCGAACAUUUGAUCACGA